GAAACCAUAGUCGAUUUUAAAAAUACAACCCCCCGACACACCGCGAUGGACGUGCCGACCGCGCUCAAGGUUGGUUACCGCGGCGAGAUACACCGCAUCCGCGUCGACUUGGCUGUGUUUGGUUUUGCCGACCUGCAGACGUUGUUUGCAGCCACAUUCCACCUGCCGUAUGGGUCGAUUUCUAUCCACUACAAAGACAUUGCCGGUGGGUUUGUAGCUGUGCGAUCCACCGACGAGUUUCGCGCGGCAUGUCAAAUCCUAUUGUCGCAGCGUACGAGCCUUCGCUUCUUUAGUGUGCCGACGACUGAAUCCACCUUGCACGAUCAAGUGGUGGCCAAGACUAUUCGCACUGGCGCAGUCGUCAACGCUUCGGGACAAAAUGCUGAGAUGAAACAGGCCGCCGGGCCGGGCACGUUGCAGUCGCAUCCCGCUCAAGAUUGCAUGGAUUCCGACGGCGUGUGCCGCAUGCAGGAACCCAGGAUUUUGAACUCGACACAAGUACAACCGACUUCCGUCACGGCCGCGACAUCACAACGUCGGCGCAGCAUCAUGGAGCGACCUUGUAAUGAUACCAGUGAGAACGUCAGAGUCGCCGCGGCGGAGGUGCCCAAAUACACUGAGGGGCUAGUUGAGAAGUUUCAACACUUGGACAUGACCCCGGCGGCUGCUCCAAACAUCUCAUGUCUCGAUGCCAUCCCAAGGGCGCCAUCGGGUCCGUCCAAGUGGGCGACAGAACUGGAGCUUGUGCAUGAAAUCAUCCCUGACGCCGACGCGACCAUCGUGGUGGCCUUGCUAGAAACAUCAAAGGGCGAAAUCCAGGUCGUGAUGAACGCGCUAACGUCAUGAGGGAGCAUGGGAGACACGAGCUUGAAAACCAUGCCAUGUCCAUGUGCGAAUCCGUCCCAUCGAUUGACCUGUCGAUGGAGUUUCCUUGAAGUGAGUGGUGACAUCGUCGUGGAGAUGGCUACAUAUAUACACCGAUGAGGGGGAA